AUGCCAAUCCGCCCGCCCGGUUUGCUCUCCCAAUACCAUUUACACUAUCUGUACUUCGUAUUUGUUACGGACCAUGGCCGGGCUCGUCUCCUCAGAGAUGCGGAUCAUCCGUCCACUCUCUUCGCGGGUGCUCACUAUGCCAUGCUGAUGCGGCAGGCAGGACAUAGACCCAACGGAGACAUUCGCAGUGUGUCGAGGCACCCGGCAAACGGGUAA